UCGGAAGCUGCGGAGGGUGGCGCUGGUCAUUGAGGCCCGUUUGGAAAAAGUGGAAACCGUCAGGCACGCGGCGGCCCGAGCAUCUCCAGGUAACGCAGCCCGGGCGCGAGAGCGUCUCCGGGUGACGGCGGCCCGGGCGCGAGAGCGUCUCCAGAAAUGCUGAAGAAGGUUGACAGAAAACCAGAAUCUGAUUCUGAGAAAGAGGACGCUGACACCUGCAAAAGAGUCAAGUUAGAUCCAGAUGUUUCCAGCAUAGUUCUCAACUUCAAAAGCCCAGCCAGCUUGUUUGAGAGUUUGAUCUCUCCCAUUGGAAGUAAAGAGUUCUUCAAUGAAUAUUGGGAGCAGAAACCCCUCCUAAUUCAGAAGAAUGAUCCUUCAGUAGCUGCUUACUACCAAACAUUAUUUAAGUUUGAGGAUUUAAAAGAAAUCUGCAGAGAUGAUCUAUAUUUUGGAAGAGAUGUUAAUUUUUGUCGAUGUAUAAGUGGGAAGAAGAAGGUUUUAAAUAAAGAUGGCAAGGUUAACUACACGCAAUUAAAGAGAGACUUUGAACAGAAGAAAGCUACAAUACAGUUUCACCAGCCGCAGAGGUUUAAGGAUGAAUUGUGGAAGAUCCAGGAAAAAUUGGAAUGUUUCUUUGGCUCAUUAGUUGGAUCUAAUGUUUACAUCACACCUCAGGGUUCUCAGGGUCUACCACCCCAUUAUGAUGAUGUUGAGGUGUUUAUUCUGCAGCUGGAGGGAGAGAAGCACUGGCGACUCUACAAACCCACAAAACCGUUAGCUCGUGAAUACAGCAUAGAACCUGAAGACCGGAUUGGAAGUCCAACUCAUGAAUUUACAUUAAAGCCAGGUGAUCUAUUAUAUUUUCCCAGAGGAACAAUCCACCAAGCAGAUACCCCAACUGGAGGCUCACAUUCUACCCACAUUACCAUAAGCACUUACCAGAACAAUACCUGGGGAGAUUAUCUACUAGAUGUGAUUCCUUGGCUUGUUUAUGAUACAAUGAAAGAAGAUAUUGAACUAUCCAGAGGCCUGCCUAGGCAAUAUCUUAUGCAAAUGAGUUCAUCAACCGAUUCAGCAAGGAAACUGAGUGAAUUCCUGCGAGGGUUGGCAGAUCAGGUAGAGAAUGGAAAAGAAACCAGAUCAUCCGAAAUGAAAAAAGAUUUUAUUUUAAACAGAUUACCUCCAUACCUGAGCAAGACUUCGGAUUGUUUAACACAAGUUGGAAAACUGCCCAAACUCAAUGAUCAGAUCAAGUUAAGAUUUAAAGACCAUACCAUGAUUUUGGUAGAACAUGACCAAGAAAGAACGGAUGAAUCUCGAGAAAUGAUGGUGUAUGUAUAUCAUUCUCUGAAAAAUAGCAGAGAAAACCACAUGAUGGGGGCUGAGGACAAUGAAGAAGAAGAAAGUUUUCAGGCCCAUGGCUUGAGAUUUUCUUGGUCUCAUUUGGAAGCACUGAAACAACUUUGGACAGGUGACACUGUUUCUGUGAGUGAUCUCAAACUGGACUCGGACAAAGCUAAAGAAAAUCUUGCAUUGUGUCUGUGGACAGAAAAUUUAAUUGAAGUAGCCUAAGUAAAAUGAACUAUCGUUUGACUUGGCUCGUUGUUGUUUGAGUGCCUUUUACUGUUCUAUACUCUAAUAAAAACAUGGAACUGGUUUAUGGAGUAUUCAUAUUAUUACAAAGAUGUACAGUAUUUGCAAAAACAAUUCCAAAAGUUUUCUGGCAUGUACAGGAAAUAACAUUUAUUAUCAGAUUUACAUAUUUAUGUUUUUCAGCUGAUGCACAUUUCACUGUUUUUCGGUGCCAUUCUUAUGCAGUCCAUGAUGUAAUACUAAGUAAAUAUGAUUUUCUAGUGAUCCCUUUCCACCAUCCACAAAGAAUAUGUCCUUUCACUGUAAAAAAAAAAAAUCCCUCCAUGUAUGUUUCCUUUUUUAAAAAAUGAAAAUACACAUAUGUGUAUAUAUACAUAUGUUUGCCAACAAUUUCUAUUGGGUCCCCUUUAGGUCAAAAAUAUUUUAGCUAUCUGUUAUAUAUGACAUUUAAUUAAUAAGCAGAACUAACCAAAAGGUAAUUGGAUAGAAUUUUUAAUCAUGAAAUUAAAAAGACAAAGUUGUAGCACCAACAAAUUUUUCUAUAUCCCUCCAAAAAAAGCUUCAAUAACAGAUGAACUGUAUCCUUAAUUAGAGCUUAUUGAAUGGAUCCCAUUGAGUUCAUAAUCUUGCAUUGAUACUGCCAAAAAAUUGUGCACACUAUUAACCUGUACUUAUCUUUGGUUUUUAUCUAGAUGCUUAAUACUGCAACAAUAUUUGUUUGAAACCCAGCAAUGUUUCAUACCUUUGGCGUGCUUGGAAUACGUGAAUAUCUUAAAGAUGAUUUAAUCUUUAGAGAACCUGUUUCUUGGGGUGGACACUCUUAGCUUUGUUAGAGCAGAAUCCUGAAGCACUAGAGUAAAUGAUAUUUGAAACAAAAUUGAAACUUGCCUUUACGCAAAGCUUACUUACAUAAGGUAUCUGGUAUCUACUCUUAUCAUUUUAAUUCACGAGUGCUUUUCAGGGUGGAUGACCACUUUUCUAGGCUUUAAUGACAUUUUUCUCUCCCACUUUUAGUCUGUUGAUUUUUAAACUGAACUCCGUGGAUCAUAUGGUUUCUGUAUAUAAAAAAAACAUUCAAGGUGAGGUAACGGGCAGAGUAGAGACCUUGAGGUCAUUAUAUUUCUUCCAUCUGUACUCAGGCAUACCCACAUGCCAUAGGCACUGUAUAUUAAGAAUUCGGUACUCUUUAUUUUUUCUGCAUUUUUUUGAUGUAUUAUUUCUGUUUCUGUCUUUUAAUAAAAUCAUUUACUACAA